AUUGACUCCAUUAGACUUUACACCAUCUGUUCCCUAUGAGGCGAGAGGAGCUGCUCUCAUAGCGGAUCUACAGGAGUCCUACAGGUUGUAGUCGGGGUUACGGUGUGAAGAUGAGCGACAUCGAGGACGACAGUGAGAUCUCUUUCCAGAUAAAGUUUCUGGGUCGGGUAGACGUCGUCCAUGCUGAUGGACUCAAGGUCCUGGAGGAGGCGUCUCAGAGCCUGAAGACACCAGACAAACACUCCUCACAAAAGGCAGCAAAGAAAAGCAAAGUCCAUCUCUUCCUGUCGCUGAGCGGCAUCGACAUUUUGGAACACAAAACCAAGUUCCUCCUGUUCACGUGUCCUCUGUCCACCAUCUCCUUCUGCGCCGUCCUGCCGUCUUCGCCCAAAGUCUUCGGCUUCAUAGCCAGACAUCCAGUCGCAGAGACGUACCACUGUUACCUCUUCCAGAGCCACAAGUUUGCUCACGUGCUGGUCUCGGUCAUUGGAGAUGCCUUCCGGACUUCGAAAAAGGAGGAGAACAUCAGAGGAGGACGAGACCUGAUCGUCGAGGCGCUCAGACAUAAGAAUAAAGUCCUGCAAAGAGAAAACGAGGAGUUGAAGAAGGAGCUUGAAAAAACUCAAGAGUGCUAAUGCAGAUGUAUUUGUACACCACUGUAUGCGAUGGGCGCCACAAAGUUAAACCUGCAGAACAUUGAGCGAAAAUAAUUUCCCCUGUGAGGAUUAAUGAAGUAUAGUAUUUUGAUUUUAAAUCUGAAACAUUGUAUACAUGUAAGUCAGUGCUGGAGUUAAUAAACACUUUUAACUAA